UGCGGCAACUCCUCCAAGCAGGCUCGAGCCCUCGGCUGCAAAUGGGACCAGUUAUCCUGGGCAUGGCUUCCCCCAAACUGCCCAUCCUACGCGAACGAUCUAUUCAUGAGCGCGGAGGAGGACCCGUGGGUGUACUACGAAGAUAUCGAACAAACACGCGUCGUUAGCGAAGAAGCUUGGGAGCAGGUGCUUGACGGCGAGCUGCGAGUGUUCGGGGAGCGAAGGGAGCAUCUGAGUCACUGCGUCUAUCUGCUGCUGAGUAUUUCGCAGAUCGUACGGGAUGGGACACCGUUUACGGAGAAGUUGACGAACUAUGAGCAUUCGGAGCACUGCGCGAAUGUGCUGUUGGAACAGCUGAGGAAGUCGCCGGAUUGGAGUGAGCUGCAGACCUUUGCUGGUACGGCAUCUUUCGACCAGUACUGC